UGGUGUCUGUAUAUGUGAGAAAUAAUAAUAAUAAUAAUAAUAAUAAUAAAAAAAGCUGAGAAUCUGAGGCAGAGCCCCCUAAAGCCACAGCCUUUGCCUUUCGACUCAGUCCAUACGACAACCAGAAACCUUGAAGAUCCGACUCAGCCCCCAUCCAUGAUGAUGAUGAUGGUGAAUCGCCUUCUACCCAAGCAGCUCCAGCUCCCUCGACAUCUCCUCCUUAUCUUAAUUCUCUUCCUCCACCAAUCACUUGUACUUGCAUUCACUUCUAAUCCAAACCCAAACGCUUUUCCAUCCUCAAACGACACCCUUCUCUUACAGGAUGUCUUGAACCAAAUCUCUUCCAAGUUCAGUUGGGAGUUGGAGGACAUUAAGGUUUCCAGAUUGGAUCUUAAGAAGCUUAGGUUUGGGGCUGCUAAUCGGUACGGGUUUCGGGUUGGACUCGGCAAGACUCACUUGUCGGCCAAUUUCUCCGAUGAAGUGGCCUCAUGGAAGAAGUUCAGGAAUCAGAGGUCUCAUCGUUUUGGGUAUUUGCUUAAUAAUAUUACUUCUUUGACUGUACUUGACACCUUCAAAGUGGAGGGACCCCUUGAAUUGCGGGUCGGUGGUUCUGAUAACCCUUCUCUGUUUUUGCCGGUGAACCGUACACAUGGUGGCUUUAACCGAAUUAUAGUCGGUGAAGGCAUCACAGUUGAAGUAAGAAAAGCUCGUCAAGUCUCUGCCUUUCAUGUAUCUAAUCUCAGUAUACCAGUAAACGGAAGUCAUGUGACUGAGAAGAAGAAAAGUGCGUUUUUGCCCAUUUGGCACUCAUUUUGCAGACCUUUAAUGCAGAUUCAAGUUUAUGGGUCUUCUGAAUUAGUUGCAUACAGAACUCGAAAUCCUUAUGCUCACAUUGAUACCAAUUUUAUGUCGAAAGAGACGAUUGAGUUGUUGGCUGAUAAGUGUUAUGGCUCUGAGUCUCAUAUGUACAAGAGGCGAGAUUCUCCUAUUGAUUCUUUGAGUUCUAGAAUAGUCAUGCUGGAAAAAGUUUUAAGAAGCUACUUUGGUAAACGGCUAAAUGGUUUAGUGGGUCUUUUUCGAGGAAAUAUCAAAGCUUCAGCUCUUAUUCGCUUCCAGCUUGAGCUAGAAAAGAAUUUAAGAAGCAACCAUACUGACAAAGCCAAAGAUGGGUGGAGAACAAAACCCAAUGUUGAAAGGGUUUUGUUUGAAAUAGUGGCAAGAGUUGAAGCAGAGAGGUUGAAGCUCCUUAUAGUGAAGGAAGUAGUACCUUUUGCUGUGGCAGAUACAGUUGCAUGGAGCAAUUUGUCCAACAUCUCAUUUACCAAGUUCCCAUCUCCCCUUGUUCCAUCCGAGGCUUUAACACUGGAUGUUAAAUGGUAGGCUUAAUCUUCCUUGUAACAUAUUUUGUCUUUUUUUUCCUUCUUUUUAUUCUUCAAAUUGGGAAGUUUUAUAUAGACGAAAGAUGAGAGCGAGCCUUGUUCUCUUGUUUGGUGAUGAUUGUAAAAGGCUUAUCUGUACAUGUUAGUUGUAAAAUAAACUCAUAUUAGUCACUACUGCCUGUUGUAAAUAGGCUAAUUUGUUAUCAAUGAAAGAAAAA